UAUUUUUCAGUUUAUACCAAACCCUUAUACAUCCAAGAGUAUUCAUAUUAUAUAUACAUAUUUAAUAUCGAUUCUUUAUAACUUAUACAUUCAAUUGGUAUAAUAAGAAGAACAUUAUUUGAUUGUUGUCAAAGAAGGAAAUUAAUUUAUACCAUUAAUUUAUUUACCACAGUACAAAAAGAUCUAUAUAUAAUUCAAGGAUAUCGUUCUGCACGAAUUGAGACUUUAAGACUUAGUUGUGACUUAAUUAUUGGAAUAAGCAUAUCAUAAACACUUCCAUUGGGUUAUUUGAAACUUAUUCAUCGAAGUAAAACCAAGAACUCAAUUACCUCCCUAUCAAUUGAGUGUUUGACGUUUUUUUUUUUUUCAAUUCCCGUGUCUUUGCAUAUUCAUUCAAUUUGGAUCCCUUAUAAUUGAUUUCAGAUAUUGUACACUAAAACCAAUUACUGUUUACGUAUACAUCCUGAAACUUUUGAUAUAUUACUGUCAACCCUCCUCAAAAUCUACCCAAGAAUAUCUCUUGCUUAGUUAAUUGCAACUGAAAUUAAUUAAACAAUACAUUAAUUUAAGCGGGGCUCGGAAAUACUUUUAAAAAUUUCAAUUAAUAAUCAAUCGAAAUCAUCAUUAAAAAUAAAUUAUUGAACUACUGGAACAAUUCUGCUAAUUUGAUAAACCACAGACUCGAUACUAUCAUUCAAACCCAAUCACAUAUUUUGUUAUCGAGGUUCUCCAAACAAAUCCAAUUGUCAGAAAAUAAUUAAACAAAGGUCCCCUACUCCAACUGUCUGUGAAUAUUAUCUUUUUUUUUUAAUUUAUUUUUUUUUUUAAUUUUUAAUUUUUUUUUAUCUUUAUCAUGACAACUAAUGAUUUAAACAUAAAAUUCAUUCUUGAUAUUAAUAAGAAGUUAGUACUGGACCAAAACAAUAAGAGAGAUGCAAAUGAUACUGAAUUUGAACAAGAUCAUGAAGAGGAAGAAGAAGACGUGAAAACAAUAAAUUCAUCGACCUCAAUCCCAUUGCUGCAACUGCUGCUGCUGUCAACUGCAUUACCAAUCAACGAUACGUAUUUCCCAGUGAAAAUAAUUGUUAGUACUAUAGGAGAUACAGCCCAACUAUACCAAGAUAUAGUAUCGAUGAUCUCAUCAGAUCAAGAAUUAUUAAAUAUGAAUAUUGAUCUUAAGAAAGAUAUUGAAACACUUGAUUCAAUUAUCUUGAUAUCAGUAUAUGAUAAAGUAUUGGCAGAGAAAUUGUAUAAAUCUUUAAUACAAUUCAAAGAUGAAGUGCAAAAAAAGGAUCAUAAACUUUCCAUUAACUUCAAUUAUGAUGGAUUUAUUUCACAUCCAGGAAAUAUGUUUGUAAAGAACUUAUCAACAUGUUUAGUAAGUGAAUCUCAUUUAUAUGAAUUCUUUCUUGAGAAUUCCAUAUAUAAAUCAUUGAAUAAUGUCAAAUUAUUCCCUCAAGAGAAUAAUGAAUCAUUUGCAUUUUUAAAGUUUAGUAAUCAUUUGGAUGUUGAUUAUUUUAUUGAUUUAAAAUUUAACAAUAAUCAAUUUCAUGUUGACCAAAAAUCAAUUUAUAUAAAUCGAUACAUUUCUAAAAAGGAAAGAAAACUUCGUCAACAAUCAAGAGAUUAUUUAAAUGAAGAUUAUGAUAUAAAUUUUCAAAAUUUUUCUAUAUCUGAUCCGGUCAUUCAUUCAUCUUCAAAUUCGCCACCGCCACCGCCAUCAUCAAUUUUGCAACCACCUGCACAAAAUUCAAAUUAUAUCAAUAAUAAUCAUGAUUAUAGAACUAUCUUUGUUGAGAAUUUAAAUCAGUUCAUUUCUGAAUUAAAUCCUUCUAUUGGACUUAUUGAUUCAUUCUUAUCGAAAUUUGAAAUAUUCGGAAAAAUUUCCUCUGUUUAUUUCCCAUUAAUAAAAUUAGAAUCAAAUGAUGUUCCAAACUUUAAAUUAUCGAAUGUUGGAUAUAUUACAUUUGAAUAUAAUGAAAGUAAUGAAAAUUCCUUAAAGGCUUUAUAUUAUCUUAAUGGAUUAAAUUACGAAGAAUUUUUCAAAUUUAAUAAGGAAGAUGUUUACGAUAUUUUAAAUGAUAUGAUUUCAAUUGAACAAGAAAUGCUUCAUGAAGAAAAAACUGACCUCAAUGAACAAGGUAAAUCUAAUUCAAAAUCGUCAACUAGUAUGAAUUCUAAUGAUGAUUCAAAUACGAACUUGCCUGUACUUAACAUUUGCAUUGCACAGCAUAAGCAUAACCAUUAUCUAUAUGAGUUUAAUCAUGAUCAAUAUUCAUUUACUCGUGGAUUCCAUGAUAAUUAUUCAACUAUUGAUAUUGUUUCACCAGAUUUACAAAGUACAAUUUUAAGUACAUACCUUAAGAAAUCAAAUUACCAAGAAACAAAUAUUUAUGUCAAUAAUUUUUCGAUUCUUUUUAACAAUGAUGAUAUACUUUGGGAAUCAUUUUGGUUACAAUUUGGAACAAAGGAUUGUUCAAAUUUUGGAAUUAAAUCGGCAAAGAUCAUUAAACCUCAAUUUUAUUCUUCAAAUAAGAAUGGUGGUGGAAAUAAACCAAAACCUGAAUCUGAAAAUAUUAAUUUAGUUGGUAAAAUUGGAUUUGUAUUCUAUCAAAACUUUAAAAUGGCUAUCAAAGCUAUUUUGUUAACAAAUGGGAAGACAAUUAUAGAUUCAGAGGGACAAAUGGUUGAGAUUCAAACAUCUUUUGCUAUUCAGAAAAACAAUGGAUAUCAUGGACAUGGAAAUAAUCAAGCUCACAGCCAAAGUUUCCACCAUUUCUAUCAUACUCCUCUUCAAGUUGGAUCUUUUAGUGGCUCCAACAAACGAUUCAGUUUACCAAGUCUGUUACAAAAUGGCAAUACAAAUUCAAAUCAUGAUCCAAUGUUAACCUAUCCUCCAGGUUCUACAAUAAUACAAACGCCCUAUUUACCACCUCCAGAUUUUAAUACUUUUUUUUUCAAUCCAUAUAUGAAUUUUAAUUAUGGGUAUCAGGCGUUUAUUCCGGGUCGGAUGUCAUUUGAAAAGGAAACUAGUCCAUGUGAAGAAGAUAAUAUUAACGAGGAAGAUAGUAUUUCACCUCCAAAUGGAUAUGUGCAUCCUCCGCCACCUGGCCAUUCUUAUCCAUUUUAUCUGUCACCUCCUGUGACCUCUCCUAUUUUUAAAGAUUCAUAUACUGAUGGACAAGGUGCAAAUGUAGGUACUCCUGGAAGUUUUCCUCAAGGACCUCCCCCACAUCCAAUGAUGUAUGGUAUUCCACCAUCUCCAGGUCAACCUCAUAUGUUUCCAAUAUAUCCAUAUUUUCACCCUAUUGGUGUGUCCAAUCAAACACCUAAAGCUGAUAAUAAAAAAUUAGGUAAGAAACUAAAACUGAAAGAAAAAUGAUUCUUGUAGUCAAGAAUUGCAACCAAAAUUCCAAAAAGAUAUUAGAAAGAAAAAAAAAAAGACGAUAGUACUAAUGAUACAAAAUGGAUCUAUAUGGUAUUUAUUCAACGCAAAAAACGAUCAUAUAAAGA